CUUGACCACCACCACCACCCAUUCCUUUUUCUUACGUCCUCCUUACCGCAACGUCCGUUCAACGUCUUUCACCGUCCAUUAUAUCGGCUCACCACUCAUCUAUUCUCCAUAAAAACGUCUACAGGACCAAUAACCUAAACAAACGAUGAAUGCAACAGACCUCCUUGCAAACACCCUGUCGUCUGAUGCUAGUACGCGUCGAGAUGCCACCGAAAAACUUGAGAUUGCCUCGCGGGAUAAUUAUGUCGAAUACAUGUUGAUGUUGUCUUCCGUGCUCGUGGAUGAUAAUUCAGUACUGCACAUUCGAAAUGCCGCCGGUCUUGCACUCAAGAAUGCAUUGACUGCACGGGAAGUCCAACGACAAAACGAAUAUACGAACAGAUGGAUCUCCAUGAAUCCUGAAGCAAAGUCCAAGAUUAAGCAAGAUGCUUUGAUGACACUCGGUUCGGUUAACCAGAAGGCUGGAACGUUCGCAUCGCAAGUAGUUGCUGCAAUUGCUGCUGUCGAGCUGCCGCAUGGAGAUUGGCAGGAUCUCAUUGAGAUACUGUUGGGCUUUGUGAACAAUCAAACCAACAACACCAACCUGAAGAUCGCUACGCUUCAAGCAAUCGGUUUUGUAUGUGAACAAAUAAAACCUGAAAUUCUUGCCUUACGAUCGAACGAAAUCUUGACGGCAGUCAUCCAUGGUGCACGCAAGGAAGAACCUUCUCAAGACGUCCAACUGGCAGCGAUUCAUGCUCUCUACAACUCUCUUGAGUUUGUUAGAGAUAACUUCGACCGAGAGGGUGAACGAAACUAUAUCAUGCAAGUUGUUUGCGAGGCGACUCAAAACCCUAACGUUAACGUACAAGUCGGAGCUUUUGAAUGUCUAGUACGAAUAAUGGACUUGUAUUAUGAUAAGAUGGCAUUGUAUAUGGAGCAAGCAUUGUUUGGUCUGACUGUCGUUGGAAUGAAACAUUCGGACGAACGUGUAGCUUUGCAAGCGGUUGAAUUCUGGUCCACUGUUUGCGAAGAGGAAGUUGAGCUGGCACUGGAAGCUCAAGAGGCACAAGACUAUGGAGAGAUGCCAGAGCGCGAAUCCAAAUACUUUGCCAAGAUUGCGCUUCCCGAAAUUGUCCCCGUUCUACUCUUGCUUCUGACAAAACAAGAGGAGGACGCUGAUGAAGACGAAUGGAACGUUUCUAUGGCUGCAGGAACAUGCUUGAACCUGCUUGCUAAUGCGGUCAACGAUGUUAUUGUUCCACAAGCGAUUCCUUUCAUUGAAGCAAAUAUCAAGUCGGAAGAUUGGCACCAGCGCGAAGCCGCGGUGAUGACAUUCGGUUCGAUUCUUGAGGGACCCGACCCCUCAGUCCUUACUCCCCUCGCCGAGCAAGCCCUGCCACUUCUGAUUAACAUGAUGGCGGACAAUAACAUGCAUGUCAAGGACACCACCGCUUGGACUCUCGGCCGAAUAUGCGAUAUGCUGAUCACCGUCAUCAAGCCAGAUGUUCAUCUACACCCACUGAUAUCUGCACUCGUCAGCGGACUGCAGGAUAACCCUCGGAUCGUUGUGAACUGCUGCUGGGCCUUGAUGAACUUAGCAGACCAGAUGGGUCUGUAUGGAGACGAAGAUGCUGAGAAUCAGCAAACCGGCGCUUUGUCUCCUUAUUACGAAGGUGUUAUUCAAGCGCUUCUCCGCGUGACAGAAAGCUCUGGGAAUGAGGCCAACUAUCGUACAGCAGCAUAUGAAGCUAUCACCUCUUGGCUCACACAUGCAAUGCAAGAUACUAUCCCCGUCGUCCAAAACACGGUUGUCACAAUUCUUCAGCGUAUGGAACAACUCCUUACGAUGCAGAGCCAAGUCAUCGGUGCCGAUGAUCACAACAAUUGGAACGAACUUCAGAGUAAUUUCUGCUCCGUCAUCAUUUGUGUCAUUCGCAAACUUGGAGCUGGAAUCCAGCCUAUGGCCGAUCGAAUAAUGACCCUUGUCCUGCAGCUCAUUCAGACGGCGGGCAAGACCUCCACAGUGCUCGAAGAUGGUUUUCUUCUUGUUGGAUCUUUAGCAUCUGCCCUGGAAGCUAAUUUUACGCCUUACAUCUCUGCAUUCCUUCCUUUCCUCUACCCAGCUCUUAAGGCUCACGAGGAUACACAACUUUGUACCGUUGCCGUCGGCAUCAUUGGGGAUAUAUCCCGUGCUCUUGGUGAACAGAGCUAUCAAUACUCAGGACAUUUUAUGACCGUGCUUCUGGAGAACUUACAGAGUGAAGUUCUUAACCGAAAUGUCAAGAUAGUUGUUCUGUCUUGUUUCGGCGACAUUGCGCUUGCUAUUGGACCCGGCUUCGAGCCUUACCUGGACAUGACCAUGACUGUGCUGAGACAGGCUGGAGCGGUCGAACCGAAUCCUCUCGAUUAUGACCUUGUCGACUAUGUUGCCCAAUUACGUGAGGGCAUACUCGAAGCCUAUACCGGUAUCGUCACUGGCUUCAAGAAGUCCGAGAAAGUCGCGUUACUCGUUCCUUAUGCUCAAAGCAUUUUGGAAUUGAUCCAGCGUUGUCUUGCGGAUGAAGAACGUUCAGACUCGUUAGCUAAACUCUGCUACGGUCUGCUUGGUGAUUUAGCGGACACAUACCCGGAUGGCCGAAUCAAGCAACUCUUACUUCAGAACUGGGUCGCGUCGGAGCUCAAAUCUCGCGUACGCAUGUCUGCGGAUGCUAAGAAGACGAUGCGGUGGGCCCGAGAGAUGGUCAAACAAGCCACCCAGUAAUCAGUUUAGUUCAUUCUUCUUCUAAUUUCUACCUAGUGCACUCUUCCGAUUUUUCUUAGUUUCCGCGUGCAUGCAAUAUAUCGCGUUUCUCUUAUUUUAUCACCACUCGCCAUCUCACGGAGGCACCACACCAUUUGCAUGUAAAUAGAAGGCGGCACAUCCCAUUCUUGUGUUUAUAUCUGUCUCGUUAGCCGACCUAUCCUCACGACUUUAAUGCACACUUUUGCUUUCUUCAGGUCUUUGCGGUUCUCAUAGCACUCAAUACUCCAUCCUGUAUCCUUUAUUUUGCCAAUUGUUAUAUUGAAAUCUCCUUUUCAUCCUCCAUUCUCAUCGUCCAUGACUCGUUGAUUCAUUAUGACCAGGGCCCUCUUCGUUCCUCGUCCUUGGUUAACGACGAUGGAACUCAUGUGUUGUAGCAUUUGUAGCAUACGUAGACUUUUUCAAUUCUUUUUUGCAUUGCAUUUCGAUUCAUUGAUGCUCCCACCCACCGUAGUUACCCAGUAUUUAUAAGGACAGUCGAUCAAGUUAUGGUGACUUCAGGAUAUUCCCACUCAUCUUCUCCACAACAAACAGUGGUACAAAAACACAAAAACACAUUCCAACAUUUCUACC